ACCAUUUUCAGAAGCAAACAGCAAUGAAUACCUUAUCCACAAGAUGGUUUUCUGAACAGGAAAUAGAAGAAAAUAGCAUAAUUCAACAAUUUCACAUGAACUCAAUAGUGGGAGAGGUCCAAGAAGCUCAAUACACUUUUCCACACUCUUUCUUGACCAACAAUGAUCUUUAUUAUGAUGAUUUGAUCGAAAUGAAACCAUCAAAGAUCCUCGAGACAACUUACAUAUCACCAAAAUUGCCACUACCUCCUCUUCCUCCAAAUUCAAAGCCUCAUAUUCACCAUCACUCUUCCUCAAGAAUUCUCUCUUUCGAAAGUUAUGAUUCAACUGUUAUGGAACACGAGUACUCUCCCACCUCUCUAAACUCAAUCUUUAGCCCAAAAGUAGAGGCUCAAGUGCCACCACGCCAGAAGAGUGAUGAGUUUAAUCAGAAAGGGACCAAGAGGGCUCGACCGUUAUCAAGAUGCCAAUCCAAUGCUCAAGAUCACAUAAUCGCCGAAAGGAAACGUAGAGAGAAGCUUACUCAAAGAUUUGUAGCUCUUUCCGCUCUAGUUCCUGGCCUUAAAAAGAUGGACAAGGCUUCUGUGUUGGGAGAUGCAUUUAAGCAUAUAAAGUAUCUCCAUGAAAGAGUGAGAGAGUUGGAGGAACAGAAGAAAGAAAGAAUAAUGGAAUCAAUGGUUCUUGUGAAGAAGUCUAAGCUGAUCUUGGACGAUAAUAAUCAAUCUUCUUCUUAUGAAGAUGGCUCCUCGGACUUGGAUCUUCCCGAGAUCGAGGUAAGAUUCUCGAAUGAAGAUGUUCUAAUCAAGAUACUUUGCGAGAAGCAAAAUGGUCAUCUUGCCAAGAUUAUGGCCGAGAUUGAGAAACUUCGUAUCUUGAUAACUAGUUCAAGUGUAUUGCCAUUUGGACCAACUCUUGAUAUCACCAUUAUAGCUAAGAAGGAGAGUGAUUUCGACAUGACACUCAUGGAUGUUGUAAAGACCUUGAGGUCUGCUUUAUCGAAGUUCAUAUGAUCUGUAUUAAAUUUCAUGCUUAUCA